AUGAAUGGUGGCGGAGCAUGUGCCUAUGGAACGGAUCCAUUCGAGCCAGAUGACGGGAUCUACAUAGCUGAUAUCUAUGACUGCAUCGCAGUACCACUAAAUGAACCGAAACGUGAAGCAGACACGAGUGCAGCAGUACCAACCGGUGUACGGCCACGCUGGUGGUUCAACGCAGUAACUGGCACUUGCGAACAAUUCAUGUGGGAUCCAUGGGAUGAAACCGAACCACAGUCACCGAAUAAUUUCAAAACUCGGGAACAUUGCGAGUCCUACUGUAGAGACACAUGUAAGCGAGGCUCACCGCAGUACACGGAGAGCAGUCAAUUGAUACAAGACGAGCAACCGGUCAGCAAUUGCCAGACGAUGACUUCUUGUCAAUCGAAUUUCGAAUGCACCUCCAUCGGUUCUGCACAACUGUGUUGUCCCACGGUUGCAAGCAUUUGCAGUAUUACCGGUGGAAGAGCGCUCGAUGCAUCAUCCCGGUCAACCAGCUUCGAUCCUGGAUAUCCAAUGAAAAGGAUGUUUGGCCUUAAUUUUGAGACAUCUGGCCGCUAUUACUAUCAUCAAGAACAAGGGCGUUGCAUGGCAUUCACAUAUAAUGGUGCGCUGGGUAAUUACAAUAACUUC